UCUCAAGUCCUAUCAAAAGCCGUCAGUCUGUACCAGCCUACUCAGCCAAUGGCUUCCCCGCUGAUGCUGUAUUAUCCACAGAGCUGUUGAGCUCAGGUAUCAUGCAUCUUUGCUCCCGAAGACGGCGGCGAUGAAGUCUUUCCAUGUGCCCAACGCCAACUACAAACGCCAGCCAAGUGAGCUCCUUUCCGUUGGACCUCACUGUACUUACACCAACCCGCGAGCUCGCACAACCGAAGCUUAUCCGAUUGGAUCAAGCAACGUACUUGACCAGAAAAGUUUCCCAACCACCUGGAUUGAUUCCACGGGCAAGGCCAUCGACCAACAUCACUGCAAGACAAAUGACCGGCAGAACACGUCAUGAACACAGAAAGUGCCUCUGUUCGACGACCGACACCAUAGUCAGCUGCCCGAACGACUACACCACGUUACUGCCAUGAUGUCCAGACCGACCCGAGACGGACUGGCCUGGGAGGAUGGCGGCUUCGAACUUGAGCCACGCUGGACACGAGAGCCCUCAGUGACGGCGAUCGAGAAAGUAUGCCGCCAACAGCUAAAUAUCCAGGGCGCCGACAACUGUGACGUCUCUUUCUAUUCAGCAGGCGCAUUCAACAAGCUCUAUCUUGUCCAGACCAGUGGCAACAAAGUGCUCAUGCGCGUGUCUCUCCCGGUAGACCCCGGCGACAAGACUCGCGGCGAGGUAGCAACUCUGCACUGGCUUCGACGCUGGACCAGCACUCCGGUUCCUCGUGUGUUCGCCUUUGACGAUUCCAACGACAACGAGAUCGGGUUUGAGUGGAUCCUGAUGGAGUUGAUGCCGGGCAAGUCAGCCUACAAGCAAUGGCGAGGCAUGUCCAUGGAACAGAAAACUCGCUUGGUUGAAAAAGUCGCCGAAUUUCAGGGCGAUAUUCUCAGCCAAUGCAAGGGAUUCCGAAGCAUAGGAACCCUUCGUCCCGACGCAAUCAAAGACAAAGAGGAGCAGAAAGAGCAGCAAGAAGCAGAAUACCACGUCAAACCAAGCAAAUAUGUAUCUCUUGUCUUCUUUUGGGGCGACAACUACGAAUACGAUGUUCCUCGAGGUCCGUUUCGCUCCAGCCAUGACUGGCUCAGCUCCUUCCUCAGCAUCGUCAUCCUUGACUACAAGAAAAGUCUACAAGAAGCGGAAGACGAAGAAGACAGAGAAUAUGCUCAGUUAGGCGUGGACGUCUCACAGAAGCUUCUGACCCUGCUGCCCAAGAUCUUCCCCGUCCUCCAGCACCCGCCCGAACAAACCUUUCUCUGGCACGACGAUCUGUCUUUGCAGAACAUCCUGGUGGACGAUGACGGUAGCAUCACUGCCGUGCUGGACUGGGAGUGUGUCUCUACGAUGCCUUCGUGGGUCGUCACGCAGGCGCCCAAGUUUCUAAACGGGGCGCCAAGGGAGGAGGAGCCAGACCGCGACCGAUACGGCGACGCGAGCCCAGGAGAAAACGGAGGCCACAGCGACGAAGAUGAUGAGGAGUUGGACAACGAGGGGAAGACUCUGCUGUACUGGGUUCACUUGAUGGAGUACGAGCAGACGCAGCUGAGGAAGGUCUACGCGGCGCGGAUGCAGCAGUCGCACCCCGACUGGGCGACGAGAGUCGAGGAUUGCUCCUUGAAGACGGAUUUUCUCGAGGCCGUCCAUCGCUGCAGGGGUGGCUUUCAUCUGGAGCGCAUCUCUCAGUGGGUUGAUGCAGUCAUGCAAGGAAACUUUCCGCGUCUUGCGGAAGCUCUUCAGCAGGGAUGAUGGUGAUGAUUAUAAAACAUGAGUGAAUUUCACUCGUUCCGCACUCUAUCAUGUUGGCGGGACACAGGAAAGCCGGAUCUGCCGAGGGCGGACGUCUCCUGCAACCGGACCCCGUCCGCUAUAGUUCGGGAUUUCCAAACGAUUAGAAUGAAAAGGGCCAGACGCCGUUGGCGACCAGAAGCACCCGUAUUCCAGUACAUUGCUCCGUAUCAUGAAUAAGAAGGCUCUCCGUACCCCUGUCCUUCCAUCCAAUUC